AUGGAAUCCGUGCGCACACAACAAGCCAUACUUUCUGGCAAAAUGCUUGACGGUUUCGUCACUAUGUUUUUGAAAGACCAGGGUUUUGGGUACGUCGACCGUCUCUUCAUAAUACGUAAUUUGAAGGACCUUGGUUCACAGUGGACCAUUGUUGAUUACGAAAGGAAUGUUCAUACUGUUACGUACAACAUGAAUAUUCACACUCCAAUGAUCACCCAAGGCUGGAAUGAUUUAAUCUCUUUUUAUGCAGAUGAGUCUGACAAAUUGGUUGUGUUCAAAUAUUUUGGAAAUUCGUCCUUCCAACUACACGUCUCUAAACGUGUUUGCGACUCAACAUUGAAAGCCAACUUCUUCAACCAUCUUUCUAUUCGUCGUCCUCUACAUACUUCAGACUUAAAGCAUUUUGAAGUUCAACUAUCAACAUACUACUAUCGAUCCAGCCACUUGGAUGAAAGUAAUUAA